UGACGGAUACAGCUGUAGAUGCUAUAAGAUGGCGGCGUUAUGUUAUACAGUAAAAUGUUGAGCUAACUAGCUGGAUAAUUAUAGUUACCUUGUUAAAAACAACAACAACAACAACAUAAUAUUACAAAAAAAAAUUUCUCGCAUUUAUUCCGUUGAAGUGCGCUGGGAGAAAAAAGGGGAGAAAUCAACCAUGUCGUUCAGAGAUCUAAGAAAUUUUACAGAGAUGAUGCGCGCGCUCGGCUACCCUCGACUGAUCUCCAUGGAGAACUUCCGGACGCCGAAUUUUCCUUUGGUCGCAGAGAUCCUCUUGUGGCUUGUCAAGAGGUACGAGCCACAGAUGGACAUCCCCAGUGACGUCGACACAGAGUCGGACCGAGUGUUCUUCAUCAAAGCCGUGGCUCAGUUUAUGGCGACAAAGGCUCAUAUCAAAAUGAACCUGAAGCGUCUGUACCAGGCGGACGGCUAUGCAGUGAAAGAGAUGCUGAAGAUCACCAGCGUCCUCUACAACGCCAUGAAGACCAACGAGACGGGCGCUGACGAGCCCAGCUCCGACGACCCCAGCAGCAAAUUCAAAUUCAACCUGGCAUCCAAGAUAGCAGAUUUAAAGGCAGCGCGUGAGCUCGGCUCUGAGAUCACGGCAAAGGGGGCAUCGCUGUACGACCUCCUGGGGCGUGAGGAGGACCUGAGAGAGAGCAGGACUGCUGCCAUCGCUAGACCGCUGGAGAUCGCUGAGGUGGAACGAGCGCUCCGAGUGGCUGUGAAAGACGUCCUGGAGAAUGUGCAGAAGACCAAGGAGAUGUUGAAUAACGUGGCGUCCGACGAGGCAAGCCUGGACGCCAAAAUCGAGAAGAAAAAACAAGAGCUGGAGAGAAACCAAAAACGCUUACAGACACUUCAAAGUGUUCGGCCGGCGUUCAUGGAGGAGUACGAGAAGAUCGAGGAGGAGCUGCAAAAGCAGUACGAGACGUAUGUGAAGAAAUUCCACAACCUGUGUUCCCUAGAGCAGCAGCUGGACGAGUACCACCAACUGGAGCAGGAGCGCUUUGAGGAAACGGAAAAUUCCAUGAAAAUGAUGCAAAUCAAGCUACGUGAGGAGGACAGGAGGCUCAUGACGAGUGGAGUGCGAGAGGAAGACUCCGACAUGGAGAUCCCAGAAGACGAAGGCUCGGACAGCGACAUCGAGGAAGGUCGACCGUCCAAACCGUUCCCCCUUCGCCAUGCGCAGAUACCGGGUCGAGCUGGUGGACGUCUCAUUGGCAACAUGCAGGGAGGCGACUCCGAUGAACCCAGAGUAAAGGAUACGCCGCACCGCCCUGGCACUGGCCGGAGGCGGAGGAAACGACAGUCGGACGACAGCGAGAUCGAUGUGGACGACGACGACGAAGACGAGGGAAAUGAAGAUCUCGACGAAGAAAACGACAGUCUGGAAGGCUCCGCCUCCACGCACAACCGACCAACCAGGUCACUGCAACCUCAGAUCCUGGAGGAGAGUGACAAUGACUUCUAACUACUACAGUCCAUGUAAUGUAAUGUAAUAUUAUGCAAUAAAUUCGCACACACGUUGUUAAACUUUUUUUUUUUUUUUUUACAGUUUAUUAUAAAAUGCUUCAGCUGACAGGAAUGUUUAUUGUAUUUUAUUUUUUUGUUUUAAACAAAUAAACCGCAGUAUAAAAUAUUGUAUGCAAUAUUAUACAGUAAGAAAUAGAAUCAGCACUGAUACAUAAUAAUAAUAAAUACUAAUCCAUAUAAUUAAAUAAAUGGUUGUAAUUUGUACAGCUUGCAGCUUGAGUGUGUGUGCGCGCGCGCUCUCUCAUCAGAUGUCCACCACACACUCUGGCGCGUCAGCUCGUAUGGCAUCCGAAACGACCUUCGCUCCCGACUCGCCAAUUCCGUUACCCUGAAGACUGAAAAGUUCACAAAUUUAAACAUGCAUGCAAAUGACUCCUCUCUUCUCUCUCACUCACACACACACACACACACACACACACACACACACACACACAAGUCUUGUGAUUUGCCUUCUAAUUAGUGACUAGACAUCAACAGGUAAAGUAGAACUCCAAAGGUCUACAGACAUCUUAUAAAAACACUCAAACAGCAGCUGAAUUCAGUCGAUUGACAUCCCUCUGUCCGGGACUGGCAGCCUGCUCUACCGUUCAAACAGAACUAAACACAACAGCAUGAGUGUAACAAUGCUGAGGAACACUCGGUACUAGCGAGCGGUCCAAGUACGCUCCGUUCCCUCCGUUCGCUUUUCCUCGCGAGCUUGAUUUUCCUAACAAGGUCUCUUGAGACACAUAACAGUGCAGAACAUCUGCGUCGUGACUGGAAAUAAUGAAAUUCAUCCGAAAGUGGCUCCGCCCGCUUUCCUUUCUGCUGCCCAAAUGGAUAUCCCAGUUAUUCGCGCUUGGAUCCGUAACCGCCUGCUGUAAUCAUAACGACACCGGAUUCCGGCCACGGAGGUCGGUUCUAUUCCUGACGCCUUCGAUGAACCUCCCGGUAUUAAUAUUAAAACACCGGCUAAGAUUUACGGACUAUUCACGAGUACGAGCGAGUUUUAACGUUCCGUUCUAAACUGAAGCGCGUAACUCCUAGGCAGGUGCAGUAAACAAGCCUACUCUGUUUCCAGCCACCUCGCAGAAUUCCACUGUUUGUCACGGGGCAUAUAAACGUAUGGGAUUAUAGGAUAAACUACAAAACCAGGCACCGUAUAAAGCACUUUGGUGAAGGAAAAUUUCUGAUCUCUGUUAACUAGUUACGACGAACCUUAUGUGGUUUGUUUUUAAUGAACGAUCGACUUUAGUCCUUGACUCCCGAUCCAGUUCUAGUUCCUCUACUGUAUGAAUUUUGAUAAUGAUGACAAUGAUAACGAGUCUUUAUUGGGCACGUAUACAUUACAGUACAGUGAAAUUCUUUUCUUCGAAUACCCCAGCAUGCAAGGAAGUUGGGGUCAGCUAUGAUACAGCGCCCCCUGGAGCAGAGAGGGUUAAGGGCCUUGCUCAAGGGCCCAACCGUGGCAGCUUGGCAGUGCUGGAGCUUGAACCCCCGACCUUCCGAUCAGUCACCACUGCAAACUGUUAACAUCAGGGAACUUACUUUAUAUAAGUGAGUUGAUGAUUUCCUCUGAGAGCAGUGGCAAUGAAGAUGGCUCCAUCCAUUC